CCAGAAAUGGUAAAGCUUACCCCUGUUGGAAAGGGUGGUCGCCGAGGAAAGUAUAUAUUCCAUAUACUUUCGGCACUACAAAAAAGAACCCACAAACCGUAAAAUUGCAGCAGUCUUUGAUUCCCCCAUUUUGGAUUGCUUAAUUACCCUUGUAUCCCUCAGUUUUUUAUGAGCAUUCCUUUCUGGAGGCAAAACUGCUCAGGGGCAUGAUGGCCCAUCUAGUGCUAAUUAAGCAAACAAAUCUUGUGUCAUCUUUUUCUUUCUUGUGUCUAAGUGCACAUGUUAGGCACCUUUUGGGAAACCCAGCUUCCUUAUAUUCGUAGCCAGAAUGAGAGAGAGAGAGAGAGAGAGAGAGAGAGAGAGAGAGAGAGAGAGAGCAAGAUCAAACAGAGGAAAGCAGAAAUGGAAGAACAAGCUGAAAUGGUGGGGAGGGCAUUUGUGGAUCAUUAUUACCAUCUUUUCGACACCGAAAGAGCUUCCCUCUCUUCUCUCUACCAACCAACCUCUAUGUUGAGCUUUGAGGGACAGAAGAUAUUUGGGGUGGAUGAUAUAACUUCAAAGCUUAACCAGUUGCCGUUUGAUCAAUGCAAACAUUUGAUCAGCACCAUUGAUUCACAGCCAUCAUCCCCAACUGGUGGCAUUGUGGUCUUUGUCAGUGGCAGCCUCCAAUUACCAGGGGAAGAACACCACCUAAGAUUCAGCCAGAUGUUCCACUUGAUUCCCACGCCACAAGGAAGCUUCUUUUUGCAGAAUGACAUAUUUCGUCUCAAUUAUGGUUAAUUUCUAAAUUAUUACUCAAGCUCUGGGCGGGCUUCCCAAAUAUUUGCUUAAAUAUUGUUGUACUUGUGACUCUUUGACUCUUGAAGGAAUAAUAAAUAUGUUUCUCUCUUGUUAA